UGUUGUUGUUGUUUCGUUUUUUCUUUUUUUUAAGAGGAAGUUCCGUUUUGAUUUCCUUUCAAUGUUCGGUUGUUAUGUCAGUUUAGUCCGGUGUACUGACGACUUGCUGAAUUGUUACCACAGCAAGGCAACUUGACAACCAGCUAACAUAACUUGAAAUUACCAACAUAAUUAUUUGAAAGCAAUUUACUUGUUUUAUGUGAUUUUAAAAAAGUCUCCUGUUGUUGUUUAACAAGAACAUCGUCAGCUCCAAAGAAAAAGAAGGAACAGCAGCAGCAUCACAACAACAACAUUAGUAAGAAGAGUGAUGAGCGGCCAUGUUUGCCUGCCAGUCACUGCGUACAGCCGACCUCCACUUACUCACUUCUUCUACAUGUUCUUAUAUUCUACACACUUAUAGCCAUCCAGUCAAGCUGUCCAUUAGUUCGGCCCAACACUGUUGUUUCUGUCAUCCACCCUGCUACACACCGCCGCUCUCUCCGCCACCCGUCACUGACAUUUCACCCUUUCACUAAAAACAUCUUUACAGACAUGUUGCAUAUUUAGCGCUUACUUCUCGCUCGCCGUUGCCAUUCGUUGAUGUUUGCCUCUUUUACUACUGGCACCCUGCAACAACCCAAUGGAUUACAUUAUAUAUACAUGUAUAUAUGAAUGUAUGUUAUUACAUAGCUAGUUGACUUUGUGGACAGACCCUACAAACGGACCUACACCGAAAGAACGAAGGCUACUUUGUAAAUAAUAUACAAUACAUAUACAUGUAUAUAUAAACGUGUGUGCUUGUAUAUAACAUACAUAAACUACAUUGUGGUAAACACUAAUGCUACGUGGAGGAAAGUAUCUACCAGUUAUAUAAUUAUUAUAUUUGUGUGUGAACAAGGCGAGAAGGAAGAAGUCAAUACGGAAAGUAAAUAUUUUUAUUGGAAAUUGAAACUUCACAAAUCGUUACUCCGAGUCUCCUCGUUUCCCAUUUUUACACACACACAUGAUUACUCGGGAUCUACUCUUUAAUGAAGUAUAUGCGAAUUCAUUACUAUUAAAUCAAAACUUUAGUUUUGUAUAUAUUUACAAGUUGUGUAUUUUUUAUUGUUUUCUUUUUCUGAAAACAAAGUAAAACACGACAAAAUCCCAAUCAAAAUUUCUAUCUUUACUAAAACAACAAGGUUGAUUCGUAUUGAACUUCACCCAUCGAUCUUACUAAAUGUUGUUGAAGUUUACUGUUUCUAUUGUUGUUAUUCUGUGAGAUUAAAUCAGGAUUUAAAAGAAACAAAAGUUUGAGAGAAGAAAGUGAUUUUUUUUUCUCUAUAUUUUCCACAUUGCAUAAAUAUAUUGAAAGAAAAUAUGACACAUGAAUUUUUUUUUUUUAACAACAUUAUAUCGAAGGAUCACAGCAAAAGGAAUUAGCAGCUCUUAAAUACAAAUUGGAAUUUCAAUUGCAUUUCAAUAAUUCUGAAUGAAAUCCCCUUUUAUAUAGGUGUGAAAGAAAAAAAAAAACAAACUUCGAUCUGAUUUAUGGUAAAUGUUUUCAAUGAAGCUAUUUAAAGCUGGGAGAGACAGUCACAAUUUAUUUUACAUACUUAUUAAACAACAGAAUCCUUAUAUUACCUUCCUUAACACACACACACACAAUUCCUCUUUUUCUCUCUCACAAAUAUCGCUAACACUUACAUACACACCCUCUUCAAUAAACACAUCAAUCACAACGUCCCAUAUUCCCACUGUUUCUAAGUUUGCAGUCUUAUUUAGGAUUACCUUUCAAACUUAAUCUUCAAUUUUCAUUUCAAUUUCUACCCUAUUAUACAACUAAACUAUUAUUGUUGUUGCGUAUAUAUGCAUAUAUAUUAAUAUAUAUAUAUAUUGAGAAACAACAACGUUAUAGAGAGAUGUUUGUUUUACCUUGGAUACCUCUCAUCAGGAACACCAUGAUAUAACUUAACGUUUUUGAGAAAUAAAUGUCUGAAUGAGAAGCGUCGGCGAGAGCAGGAAAAUACUUAUAUCGAAGAACUUGCAGAGUUAAUCUCGGCAAGUGUCACCGAUAUGAGCUCAUUCUCAGUGAAGCCUGAUAAGUGUGCAAUACUGCAAGAAACGGUGAACCAGAUCAAACAGAUCAAAAGUGAGAGUGAGACCAGUGACGCUGUUCAACAAAGCCAAGUAUCCUCUAGUAAGCCAUCAAUUGUACCUAUUACCACUGAGAGAAUAGGACCAUUAAUACUGGAAGCUCUUGAUGGUUUUGUCUUCUUUGUCAACUGCCAAGGCAUUGUAGAACAUGUCUCAGAAAAGGUCUCUCUUUACCUCAAAUACACGCAGGAGGAACUGAUUGGGAAAAGUAUCUACAACAUUAUCCACGUUGGUGACCAUGCCCAAUUUAGCGGCAAACUACUUCCUAUGUCCUAUGGCGGCUCCAGUGCUUGGCCAUCAGACAACUCUGCUGCGAAAGGGAAGACUUUUUUCUGUCGGAUGCUGAUCAAGCCUUCAGGUGAAGACAGUAGUGAUGAUGCCCAAGUGGAACAUAUGCAGAUAUCCACUGCAGUUCAACCCUGCAUUGGGGAAAAGUUUUCAGAUUCUCAAGAGGAUUCAGAGCGGCAGUCUUGCUUACUUUGUAUAGCUAGGCGGGAUAAAACGCAUGAUAAGAUGAGUACAGCCAUGAAAAAAUUUACUACAAAACAGGAUUUAAAUGGAAAAAUUAUUGCCUGUGAUGCAAGUCAAAUCUCAGGAAACCAUAAUAAAUUCUCAGACCUUGUUGGACGUCGACUGCAAGAUCUAUGUCACAGUAGUGAUGUGCCGAAUAUAAAGCAACAUUUGCAGGAUGUCUUACAAAAUGGACAGCGCAAAAGCAAUGUUUUCAGGUUCAAAUUACAAGAUAAUCAUUUUGUCAAUACUCAAACUACAAGCUGUUUGUUUACAAACCCCAUUAGUAAUGAGGCUGAAUGCAUAACCUCAACACAUGUUAUUCUUAGAGAAAGUGAUAAAGAGACAGAUUUAAGACACCUAGGAAAUGCCUUGAAAACCAUCAUCAACAGCAACCCCUCAUACCAACAUUUACAGCAACAGGAUCAAAGUGGUAGUGGCAUGAUGCCACCAGCACCUUCCCCUUAUCCAGGGGAAACUGGUUCCACUGUGAACAUGAACCCGGAUGGCAUGGAUGUACAUGUUGGAAGCAACUCAAACAGUCGACUAGGCUGGGAUAUUUUCAAUUCACAUCAACAGUCUAUAGACAACAGCAUGUCCAAUAUGUCAUACGGUACCCCAUCUGUUGCCGUGAUGGCUAUGGGGGGCUUCAAUAUUGCUAGCACGGCAUCAAAUAAUUCCUGGACCAAUGUGUCUACUUCUCGCACUGCUCACAAUUCUCAAAUGCAGAGCAUGAUUUUAGCCAGCCUCGUGGGAGGUGAACCGGCUAGUUCAAUGAAUAAACAUUUAUCAUCUUCAGGAAACUUCCAGCAACAGCAGCAGCAGCAGCAGCAGCAAACCACUUUUGAUGGUGUGAGAAUGUCUAAUUUUGCUGCUCGUGGACCUAGUAUCGGUGGAAAUCGGCAUCGAAAUAUUAACCCUUCUCAUAUAGGUGGGCAACGCUCUCUUAAUUCAACUGGAUACCCAGCCCAAAGAAACCCUUUACUUUAUCAGUUUCAGAGGAAAAAUAAUUUACCUGCUGUAUCCUCUGGUGUAAUGACAAGUCAACAAUCUGCUUGGAAUCAUCCUGCAGAAUAUUCACCUUUGACGACCUCAGCACCCCUAUGUAGUUCACAGACAAACACUUUCAACAGUCAGGCCUCAAACCGUUUGUGUAGUGACCCAAAUUUAAUAAACAUAAAAUCUGAUGCUCAAAGUAUUGGGGAUAAGAAAACGAACCAACGUCCUGCCAAACUCUGCCAACUGCUAACACAGAAUACUUCUCCUGAUCAAAGUAUUGUGAAGUCGGAAUUGUCACGAGAUGAAUCAGGUCUUGGCGAAAAUUCUAAGUCUUGUCUUAAAUCUCCCGGCAGCAGUGUGGACCAGUCUCCUCAACCAGGACCUGGUCAGUCUCCUCAGGAAAAACCCCAGAGCACUUCUGGAAAUGAUGAAAUGGACCACCUAGGUAGUGGAGGGGUGAAUGCUGCAACACCAGCUGAUAUCAAACGGUCUGACCUUAUCCUCAAAAAGUUACUCAGUAUGGGAGAAGAGGAUUCUUGUUCAAAGCGGCAUGACUCGGAUGGUAUUCAUUCACCGAAUGAUAACUGUGCAAUGGAAGUAGACAAAAAUGAAGCUGAGCCAAAAAAAUCUGUGAAUAAUGAUGAACUUCUUAAGCAACUACUAAGUGAUGACCACCACGCAACAUCAGAGGCUGGUAAAGCAGAGAAGAAUGCCAACAAAGAUCUACUUCAGAAGCUGUUGCAGGAGGAGGAGGAGGAAGAGCUGAAGGGGACUGCCCCCGCACAAAGCACUAGUCAAGACCAGGAUAUUUCUACUCGUCACCGUCAUGUAUCUGGGCCACAAUUUCCUACUACCACUCACACAGGUCUGCCAGAAUCCACUUCAGGCGUCCCUCACCGGACAAGUUUUGAUGAUUCUGUGCUCAAACCGUCCGACAUGAUUAAAUCGCAAGCCAAUGUUGAAAAUUUGAGACCGUUAAACUGUCUAAUAAAUUUCCUGGAUAAAGAUCCUGAAAAAAUGAAAACAGAAACUCGUUUCAAAGCUGUUAAACGGAAAGCAUCAUUCGACAGUGAUUCUGACUUGUUGGACACAGACCAGACUACACCGGCCGACAUGCCAAGUAAAGUGCUCCAGCGUAAUGUACUCCUUGCUCAACUUCUAUCGAGAAAAACCAAUCGAGAGAUUGUUGUCAAUACACAGAUCACUGCCAACCCAACAGCAGUACCUGUACCACGGAUGCCUAAAAGUGAAAAGGUUCUUCAAAUGAAAACAUUAGAUAAGAAAACUAGCAGUGAUGUGUCAUCAACUGAGGGAGACAAGGACAGUAGUGUGAACCUUUAUGAUAGUCCCAGGUCACUGACUGACUCAAACUUCCAAAAUUCAGUAGUAGACUCUAGUAAAGUUGUUUCCACAGAGAAUAACCUCUACACUAAUAAGCAGGUUUUCACAUCCAUAGCAUCAAACUAUAAUGCUACAUCAGCAUCAAGUUCUUCAGAUCGGUUCAGUGCCAGCCCAAAUCAACUGCAGUUGGCUCGACCAUUACCACCAGCUUCAAAUGGGAGUAAGCCAGCUGAGGAUACUUUAAAGAAGGACUCCAAAGAUGUUCUUUUAGCACAAAUAUUGCAGCAAUCUGUUGAUCUUCAACAAGAUCUCCAUGAAGCUCAAAUGCAUGCCACUGGCAAUGUAAUGUCAGGUAUGGCAGGUGGUGCAGUGGUGAGUUCGGUAGCUCAACCUGUACGGACUGCAUCAAGUGAUCAAAAUCAGGACGAUGCUAUUUUAUCUCAGCUUGAGCAAGUCUUUUCAGAUAACAGCCUUUCAAUAUCUGAAAUAGAAAAUUCGUUGUUUAAUUCCUCCAGCCAACCUAAUAGCAGCAAUGAUAUUCUUGAAAAGAAAGCAAUAAAAGCAAUACAGAAAGAACUGAUGAUGCUAGAUCCAAUAGCAGUACAUCUCGAAACCCACCACAAGCCACUUUCUUCCAGAAAAGGAUAUUCUGACGGUCAGACAUCAGUUGUAGGAAACAAAGCUGUUGGUGUGAUGGGCCAAGGCCAGUUAGCAACCAGUGUAGCUGGUGUUGUACCUUCAUACAGUCCCGAUGUAAAUCUUCCUCCUCUUCCUCCUCCUCCUCCUCCUCCUCCUCCUCCUCAGCAACAGCAACAACAAGCUCUUUCAAUGCAGGAUAUAAGUAAUUACCAGCACUUAACUCAUCCUAACAUUAACCUGGCUGUUACUGCAGCUGCAACUCAGCAGUCACCACAACAACAGCCACCACCACCUCCACCACCUCCUCCUUUUAGCCAGGCUGGUUCUCCUUAUGGACAGGCAUCACCUCAGCUGUCACAGGCACCAUCUCAAGUGCAAUUGCGAACUGGGAAUCUUUCGGCCCAAGGUCCUCGUUCCAUGGCUCCUGCCAUCACUGUGGCUAGUAGACAGGCAAUAACAGAGCAACAGCAAAAGAUAAACCGAAUAAGAAAGAGACAGCGGAUGCAGGAUGAACAACAACACUUUUUAACAAAGCAACAGUCACCAGUUUCUUUUCCACAGAUGUUUGGGCCAAGAUUUCCACAAACAAGAAUGGAAUCCACCACAGUGCAACCAUUCCCUGAAAACUUGGCUGAGUUGAUGAAAAGUGGCAACGCACCUAAUGUCACACUGCAGCGGAACCAAAACUUACCAGAGCCGAUGUCACCUCGCUAUGGCAGUAUACAACGGCCACAACAGUCUGUGAGCCCUAUGAUUGGUCCUGUGUCUUCUCCCUCACAACUGUCCCCUCACUAUACUCAGUCCACUCCAAACCAGUGGAAUGCUCGUACAUCACAGACCGCUGCAACUCUCCAGGGAUCACUUGACCGAGGAAUGCAUCAGGGCAACACUCAGUUCUCGGCAGUUCAACGUCAUAGGGCAAUGUCAGGAAAUUCAUUGGCAAGCCCUAUGCCUCAAGCUGGCAAUCACUUUCAUUUCCCACCCGAUUCCCAGUUUCCUGGUUCACAGGGUCAGCUGUCAGUCUACAGCCCACAGUCACAACAACAACAGCAACAGCAACAACAACAACAACAGCAGCAGCAGCAACAGCAGCAACAACAUCAACAUCUAUAUGCUCAAAGCAGAAUUAUGCAUCGGCAGCUUAGCCUCCCCCCAGGUCGAGGAUCACCACGUAUGCCCCACAGCCCUUUUGGAAACAGCCCUGAUUCUAUGUUAUUAUCCCCUCACCUAUCACCCAAUUCAGGGUUACGGCCAACGCAACAGGCCCCCAGCAGUCAAGUGAGCCCCACUUUUAAUUCCAACUACCCUUCACCUCAGAGUUUGUCAGGAGCUGCACCGCCGCCGCCACCAGCAUACACCCAGCCAACUCCCACACCGACCUCAAUAUCUACAGAUGGUUUGUCAAGUUUUGAAAUGCAACUGUUGGAACACACAAACUUACCGACAAAUACUGACAGUUUGAAGGCCACCACAAGUGCUGAUUUAGGAACCACCAUGCCUGGUGCUUCUUCAAAGUCCCAAUAUGUGAAGCAAGAGAUCCGCAACUUUUGUAAUGCCAGAUCAGAGAAACAAUCCCAACAGCAACAGUUGCAGCAGCAACAGCAACAACAACAGCAGCAGCAGCAACAACAACAACAACAACAACAGCAGCAGCAGCCGCCGCCACCACCACCUCCUGAUCUAUCACUUGCCACUCCCCGUCAUUCACGAGCGCCUGAUAUUCCAUCUCAAGCGCCAAUGAGCACUGACCAACACACUCAUGAUAACGAUCUCAAUGAUCUGUUACAGACGUAUUGUGAGGAAGUCCUGAUUCAUUCAGUAGCAUUCAGUAAACCUAUUGCCAAUGCUGUCACUACUAGUGCCACCACCACCUGUGUCAUCAACAGUGAAAUGCCCCAGACUAAUGUAUCACCAGCUCCCCAAACCUCAAAGCCAUCCUAUAACACACCAAUAAAAGAGGAAGUUACUCCAUCAAGCAUUGUUAACCAAGACGCACGGCAGCUGUGUGCCCGGUUUAGAGCAACUGUUGGACCCAAUGGUGACAGUAGUAAAGCUGAUGCACUAUUCCGAGCUCAGUUGCUGAGUGGAACUAACAACAAUCGAGGAGGCAGCCAGUCUCCAGUUAAAGGUGUUCUACCCCAAUCUCCAAAUAUGAGUGGUAAUAUUGUCAAUGUUAUACAAGGUGAACAUAGGCCAUGUGAAGAUAGAAAAGCAGAUUCAAAAGGAGGAGGAGGAAGUCUUCUGGAGCAGUUACUGUCAGAUAAAUGUUAACACAAAUCAAAUGUUUAUAUUAAAAGGAAAAAAAUUAUUCAAAAAAAAUACCGAAAAAGACCAAAAAUUGAGGCCAGUGAUUGUUAAUGAACUAGUCUUUGCAUUUCCUGCCUAGUGAUUGUUGUCUGGACAACCCUGGGAGUUUGUCAGGCUGAAGAGAGAUCUAUUGACACCAGCUCUCCGCAGAUGUCAGUUGCUCUAAUAGUGAUGUUAAAGCCAGCUCACUCCAACCACUCUCUCAAGAAUGUGAUGGGUUAAGUUUAGCCCUAUCUUAACUUGCCGACCAGAACGGUGAGACCAAUGACACUGCCAACAGCAGCAAAGCUUUCCUGAACACAGCCAAGUUGAUAGACUUGCUUCAGUCUAAUGACAACUUGAGAAAGCUUAAGACAGAAGAAAUAAAUAUUAAUAAGAAAUAUUGAUAAUAAUAUUAAUAAUAAUUAUAAUAAUAUAUUAAUAAUAAUAAUAAUAUAAAUAAAAAACAAAAAAAUUGUUUAUCCUUUUUCUGUUGAAACAUUGAAAAAAAAAUUCAAACACACCGCCAUGUCGGAUGAUCACUUCACAAUUUCAAAUAAAAAUUUUUAAAAUAUAUAAAUAAAAUAUGAAAGAAUGAAAAAGAAAAAACUGGGGGUAAGUAAACCGAUUGAGGCUGUGUACAGGGGGUUUGUUGGUUGUUGUAUUGCAAAGUGCCUGCAGCUCAAGUCUACUCAGUGCCACUGCCCUCACCUUUUUAUUAUUUUGAGAAUAUGUAACCAUGACAGUUUUCUCUCUGCCCCUCUCUUUCUCUACUCCUCUUUCUUCUUCUUCUUCAACCAUAAAUCUGUUACAAUUUCUCAUUGGAGAACAAAAACCUAACAAAGGUCUUCAUACAUGUACACACACAUACACACAUGUAUAUAUGAAUAAGACAGACAAAUGAAGAUUCCAUAGUGGGGGGAGGAAGUGUGCACUGCCAGAAGGAAACAAAAAUAGGUGUGUGUCUAUCUAUCUAUCUAUCUAUCAUAUAUAUAUAUAUAUAUAUAUAUAUAUAUAUAUAUAUAUAUAUAUAUAUAUAUAUAGAUACAUACAUUCACACAUACAUAUAUACACACACAUACAUAUACAGAUUCUGAGGACUCUGCAGCUUCUCUCGGGUUUAAUGCCAUCAACACUUGUUUGGCAGAGAUCAGUUUUUGUUUGUUAAUGCGCCCCAACCCACUCACUCUCUUAAACCGCCACCCCCCUCUCUCUUUUGACCUCUACCCUCCACCCCAAUGUUUUAAGUGAUGUAAAAUGUACAGAAAGUAACAAAAACUGUGACACUGCAUUGAUAAUGAAAGUUAAUUGUUAAAAUAAAUCUGUUUCACUGAUCAUGCCUGAUUAUACAACAAAAUUUCUAUUAAUCUGUUGUAUAAAAUUUCCAUGUAUGUAAGUAAAUGUGUGAGUGUAUUUGUGUGUGUGUAUGUAUGUGUGUGUUAUAUGUUUUUUAUAUAUACAUAUAAAUACACACACACACACACACACACACACACCUGUUUUAUUUGUUAUAUACUCACACUCACUAGUUAAUAUUCUUUAACCUGUUAAGGCACAUUGUAAGGGAACAUCUAGUUUCCUUGCUGCCUUCUCCACUGACCCAUGGGAGGAUCUGAGCUCAGUACUGCAGACUAACAAAACACUUUACAUAGUGCUUCUGUUAGUCAUCUUAGCAGUGCACUUGCCUCCACAUGGAACUCAUGAGUAGUCAGUUCAGUGUCACUUUGUCAAGUAUACAGUUUUUCACUAUUGACAGGAUACGUUCAUCUACCUGCCAUUCAUUAAGUAUAGUAGAUUAACGAGUUGUCAUGGUAAGCAUGUAUACAAAUAUACAGAGAUGUGAAUGUGUUUGUUGUAAUAUAUAUAUAUGUGUGUGUGCGUGUGUGUGUGUUUUAGAGUACAGAUUGCUAUGGUGUAACAUCACUCAGUGUAUGAAUGGAAAUGUGUGGGGCGGGGGUAACAACAAUAAUUAUGAUUCCAGCUGCCCUGGUAAUAAUAUUCACGUUUUUGUUGUUAUGUUUAAUUUUCCUUUAUUUUACUUCAUUUUUUUUUAUGUCUCUUUAAACAAUGGGAAAAGACUUUAACAACGAAUUUUAUUGAUAAGACUCCCUCAUAAUGAUGGUUCCCCCCCCUCUCUCUCUCUCUAACUUCCCCUUUUAUCUGAAAUAUAUUUAUUGCCAAGACACACCACAACUCACAUACAAACACACACACACACAGACACACACACACAUGCCAUGUACAGAAUUGGUUCAUAAGUUAAACACAGACAGAUAUAUAAACUGCAGUUUGACUACAUAUAUUUGUACAGAAAGUAUUUAGCACAGUUAUACUAAAUUUUUAUCAGGUCUCCUCCCCCCCCACACAUACAUACACAUACAAACACUUCUCUAUCUCUUUCUCUCCUUCUCUCCCUCUCUCUUAAAUGUUCUAUUAAUCUUAUUUCACCAUGUUUCCUAAUAUCAAGAUUUUUCAACAAAAGGAGAAAAAGAAAUUAAAAAUACUGAAUUCACAUUUUAUGGAAUUUUAUCUGCAAUUCUCGAAUAUUAAAAGAAAAUUUUUUCAAAAACAAAAAAGGAAAACUCCUCCAGCCCCCUCCCCACAACAAACUAAACUUGAGCCCUAUGUUCAGAAGACUCGAUUUAUAUGUUGAAAAAUCCUUCAAAAAAUAUAUUUUGGAAUUGUUCAUGUACAUACUAAUGUUGCCUUUUUGUCUUAAAAGUGUCUAUUUCUUGUGA